AUGCAAAUCCCUACCGCAUACCACAUUCAGCUCCCACUACACGCGUUCAUUAAGAUGCCUGCUCUCCCAGGUCCAAACUCACCACAAACCCCCUACAGCAAAGGUGCUCGCUCUCUCCGCUCUAUCGCCCUCCAUCAAACCUCCCAAAAGCUUCUUGACCCCAGAAGCAGCGUCCGCCACGCACACGACAUCUACUCCAGCCUGCCUCCAAGUGUUCAGAAGGAUCUCUUUGUCUGGCUACUGUUCAAAGCGCGUUGGGCUGAGGGUACGAAGGACGAACUAGAGCUCCUUCGACAACUGGAGCAGGCGGUCAUUGCGGCUGGAUUUGGACCAAGAGCAGUCUAA